AUGCCAACUCUUCUCGUCAUAUCUUGCUUCACCAUCGUGGCCAUAUUUGCCUCACUCGCAUUCAUGGCGUCCAAAUGGCGAAAGGCGGAGACGCCUACCUCCAACAACACAAAGUUCUUUGGCUCUCAGAUCGGGGAGCAGUCGGUCAUCAACUACAGCUAUACGGAUCGACCGUUGAAGUUGAUGGCCUUUGAUAUCUACUACUUCUUCAAGUUCAUAUGGGCUCUUCCCUACGUCUUGAUUCCCCUGUCGCCAUCGGAUUCAGGAGACUUGGAUGAGCUAUCCAUCACGCGGGGAAACCUGUUCUGUGUUGUUUGGGCUGCUGCCUUGGCUAUCGGGCUGUUUAUGCUUGUCAACUACUGGCUUUGCACUCUGCUGAACGGAACGGAAGUCGAAUACCAUUCCGAUCCCAAAUACGCGCCAGCGCUUCCUGAGCAUGCCCAUGAACAAUGGAUCUUCAUCAACGGUGUGGCAGUAGGAGAGCACUGGAUGCAGAGUAACCUUAACCGACUAGCCAUAACAUUCAAGCGCCCCAUCCUUGGGAUACACAAUAAAACUGCCGGAAUCCUAUUCGAUGUCAUCGAAUGUCUCGUCCAACGCAACCUCGGCUACGCCACAGCAGACGUGCGUGUUUGCUACCGGAUCAUCAAGGAGAAGCUCUACAACCCGCAGUACUCCAAGGUCAUCUUCGUCCUGCAUUCCCAGGGUGCCAUCGAGGGAGGCAUGAUCAUUGACUGGCUUCUGCAAGAACUACCCCAAAACCUGCUUUCAAAGCUGGAAGUCUACACGUUCGGAAAUGCCGCCAACCACUUCAACAACCCGCAUCGGAACAUCCAGUCCCAACACAAGGCCAUCAGCAACCCUCUGGCGGCAUCCACCGACUCCACCAACACGACAGCGGCAAGUGGGAACAUGGAGCAAGCCCAGGAAGCCCUGUCCGACAACCAACCCCUGACCAGCGAAACAUCCCCACAGGCACAGCAGAGGACCACAACCACGGGUACCACUCCCGCAGCUGCAGGUACAACCACGGCGGCGGCGGCAAAGGACACCUACACUACCAACGGCGAGGAUCCCUCCUCCUCCUGGGUAGAGGAGCCCAGCAUCCCCACCCUCACUUCCGAAACCAGCGCCAGCACCCCCUCAGCCGUCUCGGGCCGCGCCAUCGGCCACAUCGAGCACUACGCGCACACAACCGACUUCGUCGCUUUGUGGGGGAUCCUGCACUUUGCCACUUCCAUUCCCGGGCAGCACACCAUGCCGCGCUUCAUCGGACGGGUGUUUGCUCGCACCACGGUCCGCGGCGGCCACCAGCUUUGUCAGCAUUACCUUGAUGGCAUGUUCCCGCUCGAAAAGGACCCCAAGACCGGUGCUUUUGUUGGCGCCUCGGAGAACGAGAAUGAGUUUAUGGAGAGCGAGAUUACGGUUGGCGAGGCGGGCAGCGAGAUGACAGCUGCUAAGGAGGCGAUGGAGAUUAGUUGGCUUGCUAAUGGGAUUGGUGGGAACGGGAGUGCGGUUGAUGGCGAUAAUGUGGGAGGGGUUGCGGUUCAUGGUGGCCAUAGCCCUACCGUGGAGCGAAGAGGAACGAUGAGGUUGAGGAGAGGAGAGAGUAAGCCGGCUAAGGUGAAGGUUAAGGAUUUGAGUAGGUUGUGGCAGUACAGGAACGGGAGGAGUCCGGAUGAUAAGCCAGUGCUUAGGACUGCGACGGUUUAA